AUGUCGUUUCGCGGCGACGACCAGCGCCGCUACGGCCAAGUUCCGCCUGUUCGGUACGCAGUGUCUGACCAACGGGCCGCGGAUCAGCACGAUGCUUCUACAAGCUCCGGCACUGGUUUCGGCAGACGCCAAAGCUUCAACAGCGGCGACGAUGGCGCCUACUACAAUUACCCUCUGGACCGCCCGCUGUCCCGUCAUCACCACCCCGGUCGCAGCAGCCAGGAUGAGCUGUUCUUGAUCGGCUCAACUGGCGGCGCCGAUCCGUCCUUUGAUCCCUAUGCCUCCCCCAGCAGCCCCAUGUCUGGGUACCAACAUCAGUAUCACGAUCCGACCCCUCCGACGCCUUCGCAACCGACGUAUGAUCCUCAAUCGUUUGUCCAUGCGUCGACGGCAAGCUUCCAGAGGUCGCAAUCUGCCGCCCUUCCCUACCAUCCUCAUCCAUCUUCCCGCUUCUCUGCCCCCAGAGUAAGUUCCUACAACGAGCCAGCCCCGCCAAUGACCACCAACUACACCCCUCAAGCAUACAAUCCUGCAGCCUAUGCAACAACCAGCCCCGUUCCUCAACGCCAACCUGCGUACCAUGGCUAUGCCGGCGCAGAUCACGCCUACACAUCUCCUACUGCCGCAUCGACCUCUCCAGGAUACGGACAGUCGCCCAUCGGAACGUACCCCGCCACCUUUUCACAACCAAUACGCUCGCCGUCAUUCUCCCCCGGCUUCCAGCAGUCAUUCCUCCCAAGCUCCGCUUCGUUUGCCGGGCCCGGCUCCCAAACCGCCACACCGACUUUAUUUGAUCCAUCUCAAUACGGCGGAACUGCUCAGUACUCACCUGGCAGCCCGAACGGAGCGUCCCCCUAUCUCGCCGGGGCGUCACAGGCUCAUUCUCCAUCUCAGCCCCCUUACCCUACGCUGUCUCGCAUUCCCGUCAGCCCCAACUACUCCGACAGUAAUGAUCAGCCCUCAUACUAUGGCCGUCUGCGACAAAACCCUCCGACGUCUCCCAGUUCAUCGCCUGAUUUGCAGCCUCAGACUUUGACGGGCCUGCAGCGGCACCCAACAAAUGCUCCCCUGCCGAGUCGCCCCAUGGAGGACGUGCCGGAGGAAGUCACGCCUUGGGACGAGCAUGGACGACCGCUACCACACCCCGACGACGACGACGACGACGACGACGACGACGACGACGAUGACGACGAUUAUGAGCGAAUCACUCAGGAGAAUAUCAUGCAUGAUAUUGAGGCCGAGCUGAGAGGUGGCGGUUAUACGUCUCAGAGUCGGCCCUUGCCCAUCGACGUAGAAGUUGCCGGAGAAUACGAUUAUAACAAUGCGUCGGCAUAUUCUCCUCCCGGGACCAGACUCUCGCCUAGGGGGCUUCCGAGCCAGCCGCGUUACGAUGACGGAGACCAAGACGAAGACGAUGAUCCCGAGGGUACAGCAGGCGUGCUGGCCAUGCGGCAGGCCGAGCUGGAGGACCAGCGUUUCAGUAAUAGCGCAUUUACGUACGCUGGAAAUUCUACCGAUGAUCAAACUCAUACCCUUUCUCCGCCCCCCCCUGCUGCCGCCGCCCCGCCUGCUUCCCACGAGGACCAGUCUCAAAGUAGCGGAAGUGACUAUUGCGGCAUGGACUUGGGCAUGUUGAGCGGUGGCUACGCCGGGAGUUUGGUCUAUGGCGCAGGCGCUGCCCCUCUGGCAAGGCCUUCGUCAAUGCAGGAAGGGGGUCGGCCGCUGCCUUUUCCGGGUAAUCACAACUCCGUGCGAGACAACUAUGAUGAUGAUGAUGCCGCGUUUCAGAACGCCGAGAUGGACUACGGCGGCACGGGCGGGCUACAAGCUCCGGUGGCACAUCGCCUCAGUUUCGACGAGGGCCGAGAAGAGCGGGUGUCGAUUCACUCUCAGCACAGUGGUACCGAAUCCCCUUGCAAAGAUGAAUACCAGGAUCUUUUCUACCACCCCGGUAUAUCGAGCAGACCACUUCCCGCCCUACCGCCAGGACCUGGAUCCGACAGUAGCUCUAUGCUUUCGGCCCACAAUAGUGUCCGCUCGCAGCACCAGCAGUAUCAUUCUCUGAACGCAGAUGCCCAGUAUUACCAUGCAGAAGGUCCUGAGGCUUACUACUACGAAGCCGGGGGACAACAGACGCCGCAUCCGGAAAGAUCAAUCUCCCUCGGUGGUCACAGCAAUACCCCGCAGAUUCAUGCUCCUGCCAGAUCAAGGACGGAUGCGGCGGAAGAACGCAAGAAGCAGCACCGGCAUCAUCACAAGCAAGGCUCGAUUUUGUCCGAUAACGACAACUCAGCCGGAGGUGCCUUUGAGGGCAUCACACUGCCGAGCGGACGAAAGAAGAAGUUUGUGCCCUCCAGGCUGACUGCUGGAGAGUUCAACAAAUGUGAGGAGCCGUGGGCUUUGAGUGGCAUCGAAGCCUGGAUCCGCGCCAUGGGCGAAGGGGAACUCGACCUCAAAGGAAAGACGAUUGACGAGGCUCUGACCAACUUGUUUGUGUUCAAGAUACCCACCAUGAACGUGGCGGACGCUGAGGCACUGAGCAGUCAAAUUGUGGCUCGAAUGCUGGAGUCUCAAGUGCUCCUGCCCGACGAAGAGUGGGUGAAGUUUGGAGGGGGCCACAUCUCGGGUGUGCUCUGGCAGCUGACCGGAUCCGGCUGCUAUUCUCCCAAGGUGCACGAGACUGAGGUUGGCGGCCGCUGCUAUGCCCAUCAUUGCACGCGCACUUUGAAGAAGGUGGAUCUGGAGGUCCUUGCCGACGAGGUCCAGGGCGCCGACGCUUGGAAUGUUUUCUACGGCUUGAAGAAGGAAGACUGGGAGGCCAAGCCACGAAAAGAAGUCGAUCGCCAGAACAUCCUGCACGAAAUCGUCACCGGCGAGGAAAACUAUAUCAAGCAGCUCGACAUCUUCCGCACGCUGUACAGAGACGAUCUCCGGACAAGAAUCCCCCCCAUCAUCCACCCUGACCGGCGAGAUAAGCUGCUGGCGGCCGUGUUUGGAAAACUCGACACGGUCCUCCGGAUCAACAAGGACCAUCUCUUGGCGCAGCUCAAAUAUCGUCAGCAGGAGCAGGGCCCGUGGAUCGUCGGGUUCAGCGACAUAUUCCGCGAAUGGAUUCGCAAAGCCAAAUCGGAUUACAUUGAGUAUGCCACGGGGUAUCCCAGGGCCACCUACAUGGUCCGGAAAGAAGCCGAUAGAAACAUGUUGUUCAAGAAAUUCCUCGAAGACAAGCAGAAGCACAAGUCGUCAUCCAAGCAGGACUGGACCCAUUUCCUCAUCACCCCCUUGCAGCGUCUGCAACGUUACAUCCUCUUGCUUCAGAGCGUUGACCACAAGAUGAUUGGGGACAGCGAAGAGAAAUCCAACCUGCAAAAGGCCAUCCAGGAGAUACAAGCCGUGACGCACGAGUGCGAUGCCAAGGUAGCAGAAUCGAACAAGAGAGUCCAAAUGAUGGAGCUGGACCGGAUGUUGGUCCUGCGGCCCGGCUUCCAGUCCGUCCUGAACCUGGAUCAUCUGGGCAGGGUUCUCAUCAUGCAGGGCGAGCUGCAAAGGAUGGGGUCCAAGGGCAUGAGGUGGGUCGACUCGCAUGCUCUCUUGUUUGACCACUACUUGAUUCUGGCCAAGGUUGUCGUACCCAAGGACGGGCGUGGGGAGCGCAAAUACGAUGUAUCGAGAGAACCCAUUCCGAUGCCGCUCCUCUUCUUGGAGAGCAUGAAUGACGAGCCGGUCAUGAAGCAAAAGGGCCUGACCGCCCCCCUUGGCAGAACAACGGCCGCGCCGUCGGGCGCCCAGCUCAGCAAGGUGCCGACGAACGGUGGACGACCUGGACUGGAGCAUGCGCCCACAGGUUCGUCGGGAAACUCGCUAACACCGGCCCCGUCAAACGACGCAGAAGGCAAGAUAUUGUACCCUUUCAAGGUGAAACAUCUCGGCCACGAGGUCUACACGCUGUACGCGUCUUCUGCCCGAGACAGACUCGACUGGUGCACGAGCAUAAUCGAAGCCAAGACCAGGCACGCCAAGGCGUUGUACGCUCAGAAUGCGGAGCCGUUCAGGCUACGGGUGUUGGCAGAUGCCUCCUUCCACUAUGACAUCAGCUCCGUCUACGCAAGAGCAUCGGGCGUUCCGGUCAAGGGCACACCCCUUGAUCGAGCCGUCCAAGAUUUGGAGAAGAUCCUGGGUGCUGCACAAGGCAUCGCUCCCGUGUGUCGCGCGCAGGUCAAUUGCGCAACAGGAUUUUCCGCCUUUGGGAAGACCUUGAUCGCCAUUGGCACUGAUUACGGUGUCUUUGUUACCGAUCCUUCCAAUCCUCGGGGAUGGACCCGGUCGGUUCAAGUCAAUCGAGUGACCCAGAUGGCCGUCUUGGAGGAGUUUUCAGUGUGUCUGGUGAUUGCGGAAAAGUCGCUCAUCUGCUACCCAUUGGACGUGAUUGCACCAGUGUCGGAGUUUGCCCCUGCGGUCUACGACAACGCCCGCCGCGCUCCUCAGCGACUCGCAAACAACGUGACGUACUUUGCAACGGCACGAAUGAAGGACAGGCUGCUGGUGUUUUACAAACGCAAAGAGGGCUUGCACACGUCCUUCAAGGUCCUGGAGCCCAUCCAUCACAAGGCAACGGAGAAGAAGUCGCGAGUGUUUGGAAGCCGCAGGUCGGCCACGGGAAGCACGAAUACCUUCCGCGACUUUGACGAGUUCUACCUGCCGACCGAGUGCUACUCCCUCAGCAUUUUCCAGACGUACGUGGCGGUGGCCACGUCCAAGGGCGUCGAGAUGUUGACGCUGGAUAAGAAGCAGCCAAUGUCCAUACCCGAUCUGAAGGCGCCUGCCAUCGCCAACAUUGCGAGCCGAAUCCGGGAUCAAAAGCCGCUAGGCAUGUUUCGACUCAACGAGAACGAGUUCAUCCUCACGUACGAGGAUUGCGCGGUAUACGUGGACAAGCACGGCGACGUGAGCCGUACCCUGAUUAUGGAGUACACGGGCAAGCAAAAGAAGGCCAGGGGCUCGACCAUGUACGGCCAGUACCUGCUCCUGUUCAACGAGGAUUAUGUGGAGGUGCGCAACGCGGAAAACGGCCGACUGCGACAGAUCAUUGCCGGGAGAGACGUGCGCGUAAUUGACUACGGCAUUCGAGGGCCAACGGGGGGCAACGCCCUCCAGUCGCAACAGACGUACGGGCCCAAUGGACAGUCAUUGCUGGCAGGCGACACGUCCAAGGGGACCGUCAAGAUUUGCAUGUGCCACCCGGAACUUGCUGGAAGGCAAAUCGUUUUGGAGAUGCUCCUGAAUGACGGGCACUCGGAGGGGUAG